UGCAUGGGGACCUGGCGGCCAGGAACAUCCUGUUGACUGACAACAACGUUGUCAAGAUCAGCGACUUCGGACUGGCCAAGGACAUCUACAAGUACCCCAGCUACAAGAAGACCAAGAAUGCGCCGCUACCAGUCAAGUGGAUGUCCGUGGAAGCUCUUCGGGACAACAUCUUCUCUACACAGAGUGACGUGUGGGCCUACGGUGUCGUUCUUUGGGAAAUAUUUAGCCUGGGCAGGACUCCCUUCCCUGGUGUGGUGUUCGACAAGAACUUUAUCAAGUUCCUGGAGGAAGGACAUAGAAUGGAACAACCUAAGUUCUCCACGCGAGCACUGUACAAGGUGAUGAUGGAGUGCUGGUCUACAUACCCACAUGAGAGACCUUCUUUCACCCAGCUGGAAGCAACACUGGGACACUUCCUCACCCAGGCUGACAGGCAGCCUCGUGAUAACCUUCAGCCUCGUGAUAACCUUCAGCCUCGUGGUAACCUUCAGCCUCGUGAUAACCUUCAGCCUCGUGAUAACCUUCAGCCUCGUGAUAACCUUCACCCCGUGUAA